GCCCACGAUUGCGGAGUCGACUGGUGCUUAGCGCCGUUACUCUCUUACGUUAACGCGCUAUAGACGCAGGCGCUGGCCAGCUAGCUAGCCACGUAGUUCCAGGCCUAGGUGAGCUGUCAUCGCGGUGGGAGGUGACUCUUUGAAAACCGGAUUUUCAGGAAGUGUGACUAGCCACUGGCGUCGAGUGAAACGGAGGCCGUCCUUUUCUCAGCGUGCGCCGCGGCGAAGUCUGUUGGCGGUCGGCAUUGUCUCUGUUCAGUCCCGAGAGCCGAAAUACGGCGUGCUGCUUCUCGCUCGAGGUGCGAUCGCAUCCAAAGAAGACAACAAAGUUGCACUGCACGUGCUUUGCUUGAUCGAGCCUGCUCGGAUUGUGUUCACCCUCGUGCUUCGACUUGGACGAUUGAAGACGGCGAUGGAUGCUGCCUUGUCGAAACUGGCGAAAAAGGAUGUACCGUAUGCAAAAAUGAUUCCCGUUCAGAAGGAUAGCGACAAGAGCGAGUUUGUGGAAGCGCACGACGAGAGGGGAAUGCCUACGGACACGAUGGACGACAUUGAGCUUAAGAACGUUGAGUUGCAAUAUCCUCUGAUGAGGUCCCUCUCGAGGAGCGAUUCCUACACUCAGGAGGACCGCAUUGAAACAGACUUCGGGACCAUGGUUGUUGCAGUUCAGGGUGACCGCAACAAGCCAGCUAUUUUCACCUACCAUGACAUUGGGUUGAAUCAUGUCUCAAACUUCCAAGCCUUCUUCAACUACACUGAUGUUCGAGACAUGAUGCAAAGCUUCUGCGUCUACCAUGUUAACGCUCCUGGCCAGGAAGAAGGGGCAGCACCUCUUCCUGAAGGAUAUGCCUACCCUUCAAUGGAGACGCUUGCUGACAUGUUGCUGCUGGUGAUGAAGUUCUACAAGAUCAAACACUUCAUUGGAUUUGGUGUAGGCGCUGGUGCUUACAUCAUGGCCAAGUUUGCUCUGGAUCGCCCGGAACUUGUUGAUGCCUUAUUCCUGAUCAACUGUACUGCCACCAAGUCAAGCUGGACAGAAUGGGGCUACCAAAAGCUGAAUGCCAUGCACCUUCGAAGCUCAGGCAUGACUGCUUCUACAUUGGACUACCUGAUGUGGCACCACUUUGGCAAGCUGAAUGAAGAACGGAACCAUGACUUGGUGCAAGUGUUUCGCCAGUACUUCAACAAGACGAUCAAUGCCCAAAACCUUGGAUUUUUCAUCGAUGCAUUCAUAAAGAGGUCUGACCUCAACAUCACCCGUGAAAUAGAUCCUGCAAAGAAAAAGAUGGUGAAGAACUUCAAGUGCAGUGUGAUGCUGGUUGCAGGAGCCCUGUCCCCACAUCUUGAUGACACAGUGAACAUGAACAGCCGCAUGGACCCAACCACAUCAACUUGGAUGAAGGUGUCUGACUGUGGAAUGGUGCUUGAAGAGCAGCCAGGGAAGGUCAGCGAGGCAUUCAGACUGUUCCUUCAGGGGCUUGGAUAUGCACUGAACUCAUCCCAGAGGCGGUCUUCUGCAGCUUCACUCAAUGAAGCCCUGGAGAUGCGUCGUCGAUCCUCCCUCACUGCUUCAGCUCACAAUGCAGACGAGGCCUGAAGAGUGCGAGGGGAACCCGUCAGCACAGGCUGCUGGAUACGUGGCUGCGACACCCACAGAUAUAUGCAUCUGGGCCAGUAGGAAAGCCAAGGCCUGGUGGCACAUGACAGCACAUGUGCUGCAUUUCAUUUGCUGGCUGGUGGCUACCAGUGUGCACAUUGCUUGUGCAUCAGCCUUGGAUGGUCAUUGUGAUGGAUACCUUUGGUUUCUUGCCACUGUGGAUAGGAUAUAUUUUUUUCGUUUACAAAGAAGGGAAAAAAGAAAAAGACUGGCAUAUAUUCAGUGUUGCUGCUUUUGUACAUUGCCUGCGACACCAUUGGCUGUUUUUCUCCGAUUUCUUCUUUGGGAUAGCUUCUUUGAUGCUUCUUGUAUGUUUGUGAGUGUGUGUGCGUGUGUGUGCACGUGAAGCAUCAUUUGUUUAGUAGGCAUUAGCCAAACGUUUGUGAAUAGUGUGGCAUCAGGCACACUUGCUUUCUGAUGUUGCUCUGCAAUGAGCAGCAGGAAAUUUUGCACUCAAAGUUUAGAGCAUCACUAGACUUAGCAGCGUUGCUAUAUUUUCACCAUUUAGCACUGGCACCUAGCAGCUUUGCACAACAGGCUGCCCAUACUUCUUUGUCACCAUUCUGAGUGGCUCUGUGCAAGCAGUAUUUAAAGCACAGGUUUUCUAAGCAUUCUUUUUCUCUAGUCUGCUCUCUUGUGCUCCUCACCUUUGUAAGCAUCUUUGUAGCUGUAGCUUCAGUAUGGCAGGCUUGCUACUUCAGGUGGUGGGAUUUGUGCCAGCUGUUUAAAAGAAAUCGAAGGUGGACAUUUCACACCCUACUGGAUUCUCUAAUAUCAUUAUGGAUUUUUUUUUCUACUGCUAAUUUAUAGCAAACAGCAUUUACCAUCCUAAAAUAUUGUGGUGCUAAAGUUGGGCUAUGCACAGGGGGGAACUUGGGGAAGUGUUUGUAAGGCUUUGAUAAUGAGACUUGGCAGAUGUCUAACUUGUUUAUGGUGUGUCUGAUAGGUAACAUGGUUGACUGUUGCCUUCUGUGUGGGUGUGCCAAUGGUGGGGUAGUACAGUAGGAAAAGGUCAAUCUUGGGGCUGGUUGUGGCCAUGGCUUGAAUGUAAUAAUUGACAUCCAUUAAAAAACGUGCUGCGGCUUUCAAUUGUACUGCUUCUUUUUCUUCUAAUUUGACUCAUUGAUCCUUGCAUUAACUGGCAGGCUGCUUCUAUAUGUACUUGUAUUGCUUUAACUUCUUUUGCUUCUUUCAAUUCCUCUGUGCUUGGUACUUUAUUGUGAAUGAUACUUUGCUUGUGCAUGUAAGCUUUAUCUCAUCUAUGUUGUGAUGCUUACUUUCAUGCAGCUGGGUUAUGUUAAAGUGCUUUUUGCCAGGAUUAACUGCCCCUUUUUUGUUGUUGCUAAGUUUUGAUGUGCUCAUGGGUUGGCUUGUGAUGCUUUCAUAUAGUCGGUCAGGGCUCCGGUGGUUCUAGUGUAGGUCAUAGAUGCCAUUUUAUUUGGGACUAAUGAUUAGGUAACAGCUCUGUUGUAUUUCAAGGUGCAUACGUGCAUUAACAAUAUUAAUAAGUGUGCCUAUGUGAAGCAUUUGUCUUGAGAAAUAAUGGUCAACCUCAUUGCAGUUGUUCGGAGUUCCACCAGCUUGUUGACAUGCACAUCUCCAUCUACAUGGAUCACUUGCUGUCUUUUACCGAGUGAAAAAUUAGUGUUUUGGAUCGGAGAAGGCCGAUAUUACUUAGUAUCAUUUCAUACACACAUAAGCCAAUACUAGUCAAAAGCUUUUGAUACACUUGAAAAUUUUAUUAGUUUUGAGUAGUCUUUCUUUUUGUUUUGUGUUAUAUACUUUAGUCAGGUUUGUAUCUUUCUAUAUUCUGUUCUUCCAUGCUAAUGGCUGCUAUAUGUAUGCAUAAUCAUGAUGCCACCAUAAAUUUAUGCUACAUAGAUUACACAAGGAUGGGUAAUAACAAAUUAUUAAAUGCAGAUUAUGGAGGCAGUCAGAUCUACAGCUCUAGGCUUUCCAGGCAUGUUGUUGGGUGUUGAACAAUACAAACAGACCAUAAGGCGACACACAUGGGUGCUGACUUUAAACUUGAAUGCCAGUGCCUGUGUGCAUAGUCUGCUCGUCUGGUGCUUUGGCCUCAGCCUUUUGAUUUUUUUAGCCUUUUCAUUCAGUGCCAUGGUACUGCUUAAUGAACGAGUUACAGCAUCUUAUGCAUGUUUAUGAACAGAAGUAAUGCUUCAACUAGAAUAAUUUGUCUUAGAUCUGACCUCUUUAUCUUAUGCAAUUUCAUGGCCCCCCAAACAUUCCAAGUGGAGGCUCUUAUUUAAGCUGUGUCUACAGAAUUCAUGCAUGGGCACAGUAUAAACUAUCAGCUUUAAGAGGACAGAGCUUGGCAGAAAGUUUUUUCAUACUUUGACAAGCACUUAAAUGAAAAUGUUCACAGGUAGGCAAGCACCUUUCUGUACUUCGCACCAUGGCACACUUAUGCAAGGUCUUGUGGCACAUUUCUCGCGUGCCCUGUCUUGGUUUUUGUGCCAGAAGUGGAUCUUGAAAGAAUGCAUUUGUGUGUGAUCACAGUAAUAUAUGGUAUAGCUGGUUUACGACAGCUUUAUGAUGCCAACCAAAAGUAGGAGCAAGGAACUAGCAUUUUCAAAUAUAAUGCAGCCCUGCUAGUGACUGCAACAGCACUGUUGACCCCGUUAUGAAUAGUUAUCAGUUCAAGACAUUGCAGCUGGCUGCACAACAUUUAGCUUAGGGUGAUGUAAUUGUGGUGCAAGGAAUUUGUAUUUGUUCUAGCUUUAAAGCACAGUUUUAAGCAGUGUGGGGUGGUCUUCAUCCUGUUAGUCGUCUGAAUUUUCAAUGGUAUUUUUAUCGAAAGCACACCAAGGUGGUCUUCCAUUUAACCUUAAAAAAAAAAGUGAGCUGUUGGCAGCUUGGCAGACAAAAUUUUGCAAUCUGGCAGCUUUGUGUUCUUUCCAAGUAAAAAUAAAAUGCCCUAAAGGUCGAGUAGCAUAGCCUUCUUGUGCACACAUGUAUAAGUAGAAUGUAGUUGUAACGCAAUGUCUCUCGUGCUCCCACGUAUUUGUACCAUGUACAUGCAUCUCUUUUCUUUAUCCAUCUCUUUUCUUUAUCAUACCCACUUUGCAUUUUCAGUCCGAUAAGCCAAAGGUUUGGCUGUUAGCAAGGAGAGGAGUGGGGGCAUCAUAGUUUCACUGAACCCCUCUUCUGUGCAUUGUGUUGCAGCCUUUGCUUUCUUUCUUUUUCUUUUCCUGUAUGAAAACUUGUGUGACUGAAACCUCACCUUUGUUUCAUUCCUAUACCUCCUGUUUUGUCCUGUUUGUCUUGCUCUUGUUUUGUAGUUGCAGCACCUUAGGCGCCUCUGGCAGUGUGCUCUCCCAGACUAGUGUAUGUGUGGUGUGUGUGUAUGACUGUGUGUGUGUGAUGACAGUUCUUUGUUUGUUUCCUCUUAUGUUUUGAGUUGAUUUUGUAGAUCUAAAUUGUUUUUGAUUCUAUUUCUUUUUCCCCCUCUCCCUCUCCCUUUCUUUCUUUUUCCCCCCACCCUCCUCUUUG